AUGAACUGGAUCCGCGACGUCUUCAGCGAGCUGGACUCCAGUGGUGAUGGCACCGUAACGCUGGGGGAGUUCGAAAACCAGCUGAAUCAUGAGGCGGUCAUUGCCUACUUCAACACUCUGAAGCUGGACGUCAGUGAUGCGAGGACGCUCUUCAAGCUUUUGGACAGUGAUGGCUCCGAUGGCGUGAACAUCGACGAGUUCGUGUCCGGGUGCUACCGCCUGUCCGGGGAGGCCACGACACUCCACACCCAGGUCAUGCAGAUGGACAUCAAGGACAUUCUCAACAAAAUGAUUUGGGUGGUGGGCACUUCGGAGGACUUGCGGGAGAAGAAGCCCCGCAACAGCGGCCGGGUUUCCACCCACUCCAACCGCCCCUCCAUCCGCAACUCCGGCGUCGAGGAGCGGGGCCUCUUGCGGGCCUCGGAACGCUCCGACUUCGGCUUCUGCUGA